AUGGCUCUAGCAUGGCCCCAGGGGGAAUGCUUUUUCAAAAGAAGCGCCCUGCAAUCUGGUGCUGUCAAUACUGUAGCGCGUUUCACUGCAGAGGACCCCAAACUUUUCUAUAGUACAAUGGUAGUAGAGAUGGUCUGGAACAAGGAGGCGCAUCACGGUUCCGAAGCAUGCAAGGAGAACAGUAAUCCAAAAGGCCACCCCCAUAAACGAUCAGGCUACACGAUCGUGACAGGUGGGCGAGGGUGGAAAACCUCCUACGGAAACUGGACACAUCUGCCCUUCUCCUAUGGGGCAUACUACCAACCAUCCAGACAAAUCCAACAUGAAUUGUGCACGGAUGGAGAGCGAUUCAAGAAGAGAGAGCAUGGAGAUGCAUAUGAAUCAUGGUUCAUGUUUGUCCCCUUACCCACCAGACAUGAGGAAUGGGUUUUUAUAGAUCGGUUAUGUUCCAUCCGUGCCAUAUAUAUUCCAGUUUCCUAUAUGGCCAGUGAGAAGAGCGAGGAUCUCUGCACUUAUAUCCACGUGCGAUUCAACGGCAUGAAAGACAUCGCACUGGAGUAUCAUAAGGAUAAGACACCCGAGAAGUUUGCUGAGAUCUUCGACUUCGAGACAGUGGAAAAGACCACUGCAACUCUAACAUGCCACGACACAUUCGGUAUCGAACAUGACGAGACAACUGCAAUCGGUAUAAACAUCACGAAGCUUGUAACUACUCUGAUUCUUCCCCGUCAAUUUCGAAAAUACGAUGCAUUUAGCUCAAAAGCCAUUAUCCUCGUGGACACAAGCCUUAUUCCAGUGAUUCCCGUCCUCUCGAGAUUUACAGCUUCAGCCAUGGCGGAUUGGGCGACGGUAGCUUCCAAAAAUCAUGGAGUCAGUGUGAAAUGGGCAGAAGGAGACCAUUCGCCGCAUUGGUUGCUGUCCUUUCUCAAGAAUACUCUCGUUGUAUGCGCUGGCCUGGUCCCAGGGAUUGGCCCGCUCUUGUCUAUGGGAUCAGCACUGCUCAUGGAAGCACUCAUCAACCCGGAUGGCAUGUUGGAAGAAUUCAAAGAACAGCUGCCAGGACUAGGGGAAAUGUUUGACGAAAUAUUUGACCUGUCGAAAGAGUGCAGAAAGGGGAUGGCAGUCAAGAUGGACAUUGCAUCUCCAACUCAGGCAGUCACCGUCGACACUAAUAGCGACGAUGCGGUAUUGAAGACGCCUGUGCAGGCUGACGAGCCAGAGCAAGAGGAAAAGAAGUCUACUGCCACAUACGUCAACAUACCCUCAUACACAGCAUUGUCCAAGGCUGAAUACGAUGCGACGGUCGGUCGACAGCUCCGAGAGGCACUUGGCCGUAAGCUUGGUGGACUGGCCGUAGAAGAUCGCGGCAUUAGUCGUGAGCAGGCUAAAGCUUUUCAGGAGUUGGUUACAAAUCCCCCAAAGGAGCACCAGGAUAAAACCGUGGACGAGCUUUUUGAAGUUGUUGAGUCCAAAUAUGUACGGGAUCGCCUCAAGGCAAUGAGAACCUCUCUCUUCACUAAAAAAAUGGAGGAAGAUUUUCGCGCAAGCGAGACCGAGAGUAUCAAGAAGCGUUUACUCACGGAAGCCACCCCCGAUUCAAGUUCACGUUUGGCAGACAACUUUUACGAGUGGGCUGAGAAUGCAAGCAGAAAAAUUGCCAUGCGCGACAACCCCAUGCUCGCCUUUGGCGGUGGACCUAGAUAA